UCGAUAGCAUGAGCUCAGGGCGGCCGCUCGUCCGGCCUGCGAGCGCCCACCCUCGGCGGGCGCUGGAGCGCAAGCUCUCCGACAGCGGGAUUCCCGUGCCACCAAGCGCAUCGAGUGACGCCGUGAAGGCCCCCACUAGCGGCAAAGCCGUCGCAGCGUCCAAGCUCAAGACAUCUCCGCCGCCCCCAGCUAUUGUGACAAGCGCGCCGUCCAAGCCACAGCGCACGCAGUCGAUGGUGUCGCAUCUGGUCUCACCGCGCACUUCGCCUCCAGAGCGGCGACCGUCGGCAAUAACUCGACCACGAUCGGCGACGAGUAGUAGCUCGAUCGAGGCGAAGCGACUGACGCCCCGAAGCAAAGCGGCGAGGACAAUCGACCAAAGCGUGGAGGCGCGCAGCAAGGCGACACCAGCACCACCAUCCUCCUCGGCCAACGAUGUCUCCGGAUAUGCCGGCAUCAAGCCCGAGACCGUCGCCGAUUGGAAGAGCCAAGUGGAAGCGCUCGAGCGAACGAAGCAGUCGCUCGAAGCGAGCGCGGCAACCAAAGACGACGUCGUGCGCCAUUUGCAGCAGCAAAUCGCGCAUCUCCAGUCGGUCUUGACCGACACGCAGAAGAUUUGCGCCAAGUUUCAAGGCGACUGCAACACGCUCGCCGACAAGGCGCUCGUCUGGAAGAAAAAGUACGAAGAUCUUGUAGUCGAGCACGAGGCGCUGCAAGAUGCCGGCCGCCUCACCGUGGUCUCCAACUCAUGGGACGUGGGCGACGACGACGACGAUGCGAGCGCGACGAUCGUCGAGCGAUUCCGGAGUGACGACGGCGAGCUGGCGUCGGCCGAGCACUGCAUGCCGGGGCAUCUCCAAUUCGAGGACGACGACAACGACAAUGACCUUGGGUGUGACGCGCCUCCUGCGCACGAACUUCAGAUUCAAGCGUUGAAAGCCGAAGUGGCGAGUCUGCGUGCGGUGUUGCCUGAGGCCAAGGUGCGCGAACUCGAGAACGAGCUCCGGCGCUUCAAGCAGCACAUUGUGCAUUUGUCCAACGACCACGACGAGCAAGUAGCCGAGCUCCAACUGCAGCUCGCCCAACGCGAUUGUACGCCUGAAACAACGGUGACCGACGACAUAAAGGAUGGUAGCAGUGCACAACGCAAGUACGAACACGUGCGCAAGCAGCUAAACAUCGCACGCAACGUGAUUCGCGAACUUCAAGGUCGCGCAGAGAUCCAAGCCAAGUGCCUGCAGGAUCAAACCGCCGAGCUCCGAGACGCACGCGUCGCGGCGCAGGAGGUUGCGGCCAAGACUGCGCUGAUCGUCUCGCUGCAAGGCCGCUGCGACAGCUUGCUUGCCGAACUGGCCCGUGCCCAGAAGACAACGACAGCGUCCAGCCCAACAUCGCCGCUUGUCGACGUCGAAGUCUGGCAGCAGCAAUACCGAGGUGUCGCGGCCAGCUUGAAGAAGCAACAGGAAAAGUACAAGCGCGACACCACCGCGUUGCAACAACAGCUUCAAGCCCUGCAGCACGAACUCGGCGCACGCGAACCUCGCAACGACCACGCGGCAUUGACAAAGGAGCUCGAUGAUGCGCGGCGCGCCUAUGGGCGCGUGCAAGAGAGCCUUGCACGCCAUCGCUUCGUACGCGCGAACCUCCGACGCCGCAACAGCCAUCUGGAACGAAGCGUGCUGGCGCAGCGCACGGUGCACGAGUCGCUGGCCUCCGCCCGCAAAGCGCUUGCGACCAAGGAGACGGAGCUGCGCCACAUGGAGCGCAAGGCCGCCACGAUCGAGCGCGUCUUGAACGACGUACGAGCGAACGAUAAGGCGGCUACGGGUCAGCAACAGCCGCUCAAGGUGGAGGCAUUGGCGUGGCAGCGCGAGGCCGAGCGGGCGGCGCAGGAGGUCUCGGAGCUCCAGUCGUCCUGUGCUGCGACCAUAGCCUUGCAUGCAGCCGCCAUUAUGGCCUACACCAAGACCGUCUAG